CACUCCUCUUACUGCCAACAACACAACCACCCUAAACACUCGUACAAAUUCCUCUUCUCACCAUGCUCGAGGUCAAAACUCUCGUGGUCGCUGGGGUUGUGGCUUUCCUAGCGGUGGCAACUCUACCUUUCCUCACCCACCUAACUCUCGCUCGUGUGCCAAUUAUGAUAAACCAAGUCACGCUACCAUGACUUGUUAUUUUAGGUUUGACCAUUCCUACCAAGCCCCAACACCCUCUUCCUUCUCAGCCAAUCUCACUGCCAUGAACGUUGUGCCUCCUUCCAGCUCUUGGUUUCCUGAUACAACUGCUACGAACCAUUUUACAUCUGACCUUUCUAACCUUCAUUUGCAUGUUGCAAGGCCUGGACAACUUUACACCCCCGGUAAUCCAAGCGCGAUCCUGCACACGGAGACAAGGGACCUCCCCGAUCCGUUAAUCAUCCGAUGCUUGAGUUUAGUACUUGAAAUCAGCGAGAAGGUCAAAUGGAAUAAUAAUGCAUGAAUGAA